AUGGGAAAAAAGAAGAAGUCAAAGUCAUUGCGUCCUUGGUGUUGGUAUUGUGAAAAGGACUUUGAAGAUGACAAGGUUCUUGUAACACAUCAAAGGGCAAAGCAUUUCAAGUGUGAAGUAUGCAACAAGAAACUCACAACUGCCGGUGGUAUGGCCGUACACGCUCAACAAGUACACAAGGUCGACAUUACCCAGUGA